GACAAUGUUUAAAUGCUUAAGCACAUGGAUUGGCACAAAACAUACUCUAAGAUGGAGGGUAAAUAACACUGAUUUUGGUGUUAUCAACGUACCAGAUGAGGAGUGGUCGGCGAUGUGUGUGAGACUGUUAGGACAUGCUCCUACUGAUAUUUCCGCCGGUGCCAUUAGGAUUAGUUGGCUCAGGGAUGAAUUCAAUAAUCUGCCGACAAAUGCAUCAUCAGAGACGACAGAGCAGUUUGCACGAGCUUAUGCUCUAUCUAUGAUGGGAGGUGUGUUGUUCCCUGAUCGGACUAGAGCUACAGUUCAUCUACAGUACCUACUCCUGGUGGAGGAUUGGCAGAGAGCUGGACGGUUCGCCUGGGGAGCAGCUGUUUUAGCCUACCUGUACCGUGAGAUUGGUAGGUCGGUUUUGCAUAUGACGCAGUCCUCUUCCCUAGGAGGUGACACUGGUGGAUGGGUCCCCUUACUGCAGCUCUGGGCGUGGGAGCGAUUCCCACAGAUAGCACCAUGAUAUUCAGUGACGAGGGCGCCUACUACCAAGAACGCACACCCAUGUGGUGCUCGAUGGAUUUUGGCCAACACCUGUCAGCACGAUGACCAGUUCUACCA